CAAAGGCGGCUCUGUGAUUGGUUCGAACCGCAGCCAACGGGGCAGGUGGGGAUGGUGGACGGACGGAGACCGAGGAGGAGAACAGCGCCGCGCCAUGAGCAGCUUCGGCGGCCGGAUGCGGGAGUAUCCGUGGCUGUCCAUAGACCGCUUCGACCGGGAGAACCUGCGGGCCCGGGCCUACUUCCUGUCCCACUGCCACAAGGAUCACAUGAAAGGGCUGAGAGCACCUUCCUUGAAAAGAAGACUGGAGUGCAGCCUGAAAGUUCAUUUGUACUGUUCACCGGUAACCAAGGAGUUGCUGCUGACUAGCCCGAAAUACAAGUUUUGGGAGAAUCGCAUUGUUCCCCUUGAAGUUGAAACUCCAACUCAGAUUUCUUUACUCGAUGAAGCGUCUGGUGAGAAAGAAGAUAUAGUGGUGACACUUCUAUCAGCUGGUCACUGCCCAGGAUCAGUCAUGUACGAGGAAUGUUUAAAUGGGAUAUUAGAGUUAGUGCGAAGCUGGAUCACUCUGAGUCGCUAUCAUGUUGUAUGGCUAAAUUGCAAAGCUGCCUAUGGAUAUGAAUAUUUAUUCACAAACCUCAGUGAAGAACUUGGAGUCAAGGUCCAUGUGAACAAACUGGACAUGUUCAAAAACAUGCCGGAAAUCCUCUACCAUGUUACCACAGAUCGGCACACUCAGAUUCAUGCAUGUAGACAUCCACGGGAUGAUGACUAUCUUCGAGGGAAUAGGUUGCCUUGUGGAAUGACAUCCCAAAAUGGAACCCCUUUACGUAUAAUUAGUGUCAAACCUUCCACAAUGUGGUUUGGAGAGAGGACAAGAAAAACCAAUAUAAUAGUAAGGACUGGAGAGAGUUCAUACAGAGCUUGCUUCUCUUUUCAUUCCUCUUACAGUGAGAUUAAGGAUUUCUUGGGUUAUAUCUGUCCUGUGAAUGUGUAUCCCAACGUAGUUCCGGUGGGUUCAACAGCAGAUGAAGUUGUAAAAAUCUUAAAGCCACUCUGCAAGUCAUACAGUAUAAAUAGCGAGCCCAAAUAUAAACCACUUGGAACACUGAAGAGAUCCAGAACAAUGGACUUAACAGACACAGAUGAGGGCAGUGAUGAUCUCUUCGAUACAGAAUUGACUCCUGUAAGGCAUAAGAUUCCAAAACAUCACGUGGAGACAAUGCUGCCCGAGACAAAGGCUUCAUCUGAAAACUCUGAAGGAAGCCGUAGUGAGAAUGAGAGAAGUUACAAAGCAACCACUAUGCCUAUGUCUUCACAGGUAGACUUCGUAGACUGUGAGGAAUCAAAUGGUGAAGAUGAUGAUGAUGAAGAAUCUGAAAAAAACACAGUUUGGGCUGAAGUUGUAGCCCACAAUCGAGACUCCACUUUGAUACUGGGAAAUCCAAAUAAAGAAGCCCAUUCGGACUUGACCUGUCCAUUGACUAGUGGCCAGCAGGAAUCUAAUGCAGAUAUGCCACAGUGGGAUGUUUUCUUUAAGCGAGAUAUUAAAACUACAGAUGAUAGUUCUGAAAAUGAGGACCAUCCCCCAUCUUCCAUAGAUGCUGGUAGGUCCCAGUCACCAAACUUGUUCAGUGAUUCAGAUAGUUUAAGUGAUUCUACCCACAUCUCCUCACAAAAUUCUUCUCAGUCAACCCACAUAUCAGAGCAGGGGAGCCAGGGUUUGGACAGCCAAGCAGACACAGUACUCAUCACCUCCCAACAGACACAUGGUGCAGAUUUCAGCUUUUUGAACAAAGGUGGGAGCAGAGUAACAGUUUCUGUGUCACAUUUCAUGGCCAUGGAUAAUCAAACUGAAUCCCAUAGGUGGAAGCCUUUGGAACAAAAUACACCUUGCCCAGGAAAUACUGACUCUGAUUUGAAAGGGAAAAACCAAGAGAUGAAUGCAGAAGCUGGUGCUGCUCAAACACAAAACAUGCUAAUUGAAGUAAAUAAUGAGAAAUCGAAGACUCCUAAUCCAGAAUUAGAAAGGGACUCUCAGAGCUCCUCUGACUUUGAAAUCCCUUCAACCCCCGAUGCUGAGUUACCUAGACCAGAUAAGCUGCACGGUCUGUACAAGAAGCUAGCAGCAGGUGAAACGAUAUACUGACUGAAGGGAAUCUCUUCUGAAUUUUGGAGCUUCUCUUAAAAUAUGGACAGACACGCACUCGAGUCAACCUAAGCUGUAUUCAGAGGUAUAUAAAAAUUGUACUUAUCCCCACUUCUCUGUUCAGGGCAGACUUACUACAUUUCCUUAGAAAUCUCACUACUGAUUGUAGAGACACUAGGAUGUGCAAUAAAUUUUUCCUCCUCAAUGAACUCUUGAAAAGGAAGACAUUCCUGGAAGAGAAAUGAAAACGUUAUACUUGAUAGGAGGAAAACACUAAGCUGACAAACUGAAACCGGUGUUUAACCACAAAAAAGUGGACAGUGCAUCUUAGACUGGUGAGACAUGCAGGUGUGCAGUAGAGAAGGGAAGGAGAAAUAAACCAAAGAAGGUAAAGACAGGAGCACUAAGUGAAAUUUAAUUGAGUGAUAUCAAGCCUUCAAGAGUCGGCAGGUAGCUAACCAGAUCUUUGAAUUUGUAAAUGUCUAUAUCCAAGGCAAUCUUUAUAAAGCUAUGUUUUAAUAAACUUUAUAAAACUCUUAACUCUGCAUAUAUUUACCACAGGCGAGUAAUUCUUUCAGAGAGCAAAGUACACUUGCUACUCUCUAGUCAGACUAAUAAGACUAUAGUCUUAAAUGUACUGGAUUUGCUUAAUUUUCAAAAGACCUUUAAAAUUAGUUGUAUAGCAAAUGGCUUGGGCCUACCCAGGAACUGUUGUUAAGGUCAAAUGGUAGACUUUUGGCUGUAAAGAACAAUUUAAGUGAGAUGUUGCAAACCAACUGUAAACCGCCUCCUGCCCACCCCCCCUUGUCAUUAGUCCUACCCAGCUCAGUUUUCAAGAAAAGAACAGUUCCAAACUAUGUCUAGUGAUUUAAACACUACUCGCCAAAAAAUAUUUCCUAAUGUUGUCUGUUUAAACUUCUGUUUUCACACAUGCUCAGUUUUUCUUAUUCUUCCAUUUGGUUCUUUGUACAUGUCUGCUUGCGUGUAUGUUGUUUAGAAAAGGCUAACUUGAAGCUGUCCUUAAGUGAAUUGCAAUGUAUAAUCAUCAUAGUGUUGGGAUCAAGUCUUGACGUAACCAAUUCCUGUGAGUUGUCACCCUCCCUAGAGUUAGACUAGAAGGGACAAUUAAUAGAUCUAUUUUAACCUCCUGUAUGUCACAAGUCAGUAAACUUCACAGCGUUACCCCUGUAUGGAGCCUAAUAGUUUGUGUGUGGCUAAAGCACAUCUUCCAGAAAGGCAUCUAGUCCUGAGCUGAAGAUUCCAAGAGACAGAGAAUCCUCCCUUUGGUUGUCUUCAAGUGGUUAAUGACCCUUACUUGUUUUAAAAAUUGUCUAAUUUAAAUCUGACUUUAGCUUCCAGCCAUGGUUCUUGUUAUGCCUUUUUCUGGUAGAUUUAAGAGCUCUUUAGUACCUGCUGUUUUCUCCCUGUGCAGUUACUUAAAAUUUGUCUCCUCAUUCUUUUUGAUUAGCCAAACAGACUGGACUCUAAUUCUCUCACUGUAACACAUUUUCUCCAGCCCUCAAACAACAUGUAGCUCUUUUCGGCACCGGCUCGUUUCUAGGUUUGUUUGGCAAAAUCUAUUUUCCAUAAAACGGUGGCAACUGUAUUCCUGUCCUAAUUCUUUACCAAAUGAAUCCAGAAUCAGCUUUUCUAAUUUGCCCUGGAUUCAUAUCAAGCCUGUAUACUGGUGUUAUCCUACUUGUCUUUGAAUACUGGCACGCUAGCAGUCUUCCAAGGUGUUGGGGUGGUAGUGGUUUUGUUUUAUUUUUCUUUUGUAAUAUAGAGCUCGCUCCAGUGAAUGUUCCAAAUAACAAAGAUCUGAGAGACUUUCACUGUGGACCUUAAGUGGGUAUGUAAGUAACACUUGAAAUGACCCCCUACAUUUGUUUUUUCUUUACUCAAAGCAGAUUACGCUAGCGUCCAGCCAUGUACCCUCUGCUCUAAGUUAGGGAGCUGCAGUAGCACUUUUUUGAUUCUACUAAAUACUUGUUCUAGGCUUU